CUUCACUCCCCCACAUUCAAUAUAAUGAAUAUAAUGUGACCUCUAGGGCAAGAUCAGCGGAGGCUCCUAUCCGCGCUUCGCUAUAGACGUCUGUCCUACGGUCCGGCCUGCCAUCUUUAGAUUGAAUCCAGGCCAUGUCUGGACCAUAACUCCUUAAUAAAACCCUUGUUGCCCCAUGCACGUUUCCAGUUUGGGUGUCGAUGGCAUGAUGAAUGGUCGGUCUCCAUAGUAUUGUUGCGUAUAAAACGCCACAGGCCCUGGAGUGCUAUCUACCUCGCUCUUGCACCAGGUUUGUCCUUCGACAAUUUCAAUCUGCAUACCCCUCCGACCGGGCUCGCAUACUCCCUUCCAACAUCAGGUAGUUAUUAGGUACCUAUCCUAGGACAUCCAAGAUGAAGGUUACCCUCUUCUCAGCGCUAGCCGCCGUCGCCAGCGCGGCCGUCCUCUGGGACGGGCGAUUCAACGACCUAGGCACAUCGUCCGACCUGAACAAGUGGUCGUGGAGCAACCAAGUCGGGCCGUACCAGUACUACAUCCACGGGUCGGGGUCGGUCGAAAAGUACGUCAACUUCUCGCCGGAUUACAAGAACCCGGCGGACACGGUGUCGAAGCAGGGGGCCAAGUUCACUCUGGACUCGACGGCGUUCUGGAACGGCCAGAACAUGCGCCGCAUCGAGCUGAUCCCCCAGACCAAGGCCGCUAUCAAUAGUGGGAAGGUGUUCUACCACUUCAGCAUCAUGCGCAAGGACGCCAACGCGCCCUCCAAGAACCGUGAGCACCAGAUCUGCUUCUUCGAGAGCCACUUCACCGAGCUGAAGUAUGGCUGGAUUUCCGGCGAGCAGGGAGCCGAGAACCCAAAUCUGCAGUUCAUGGUCUCGCAGAACUCUAAGUGGAAGACGGAGUGGAAGCCCAACGUCUGGCACAACGUGGCCUUCGAGAUCGACUUCAGCAGCGGCACGGUCGGGUUCUGGCACUCGGAGGGCGGCGACGCGCUGAAGCAGCUGGUGGCCCCCGUCAAGACGUCGACCUCGUCGAACGGCGCCGACUGGCAUCUAGGCGUCCUCGAGCUGCCGCGCUCCGGCUACUCCGACGGUGUCGAGGACUUCUACUUCUCGGGCGUGUACAUCGAGAGCGGUGCUAUCACUACUUCUGUUAGCGGUCCUAGUAAGUAACCACCGGUUAUAUAGGAGGUACCUAUCUAGCUGCGUAAUCUCGGACGAGAACGUAAGUUGGAUCUUCAUAGCGAAUAGUUCAAAUAAACAUAAUCAUAUUCACAUAGGUACCUAUUUAAGUAGCCCAACUUCAAGCGUUUAGAUGUAUCUUAUAUGAAUGAUUGAUCCGCCUGUCUCCCUCGGAUUUCCUCUCCAUGUGUAGAGCUUGUCAUCCAUAGCCUUCUUAAUGAUGAAACUAUCUUAGAUACUAAACUU